UACCUUAAUAUUGACUGUUUCUGCUUUCAGAAACCAGAUGCCUUGACCACUGGUUCUGGGAACCCAGUAGGGGAUAAGCUUAAUAUCCUGACAGUAGGGCCACGUGGGCCUCUUCUUGUUCAAGAUGUUGUUUUCACUGAUGAGAUGGCUCAUUUUGACAGAGAGAGGAUUCCUGAAAGAGUUGUACAUGCAAAAGGAGGAGGAGCCUUUGGCUAUUUUGAAGUGACUCAUGAUAUUACCAAAUACUGUAAGGCAAAAGUGUUUGAACACAUUGGAAAGAGAACUCCAAUUGCUAUACGAUUCUCCACUGUUGCUGGAGAGUCUGGAUCAGCUGAUACAGUUCGUGACCCUCGAGGCUUUGCAAUGAAAUUCUAUACAGAGGAGGGUAAUUGGGAUCUCGUGGGAAAUAAUACUCCUAUUUUCUUUAUUCGGGAUGCAAUGCUGUUUCCAUCCUUCAUCCAUAGUCAAAAGAGGAACCCUCAGACUCAUUUGAAGGAUCCAGAUAUGAUGUGGGACUUCUGGAAUCUUCGCCCUGAGUCUCUGCAUCAACUGACUUUCAUGUUCAGUGAUCGUGGUAUUCCUGAUGGAUUUCGCCAUAUGAAUGGAUAUGGGUCACAUACAUUUAAACUGAUUAAUGCUAACGGAAAAGCAGUUUACUGCAAAUUCCAUGCAAAGACUGAUCAGGGCAUCAAAAACCUUUCUGUUGAAGAAGCAGGAAGAUUGGCUUCUACUGAUCCUGAUUAUGGAAUACGUGAUCUUUACAAUGCCAUUGCCAAGGGAAACUAUCCAUCCUGGUCUUUCUACAUUCAAGUUAUGACAUUUGAGGAAGCAGAGAAGUUUCCAUUUAAUCCUUUUGAUUUAACUAAGGUUUGGCCUCAUGGUGAUUACCCUCUCAUCCCUGUGGGAAAACUUGUCCUAAACAGGAAUCCUGUCAAUUACUUUGCAGAGGUGGAACAAAUAGCAUUUGAUCCUAGCAACAUGCCACCUGGUAUUGAACCUAGCCCUGACAAAAUGCUGCAGGGUCGUCUUUUUGCAUAUCCUGACACUCACAGACACCGCUUGGGAGCUAACUAUCUACAAAUUCCCGUGAAUUGUCCCUUCAGAACUCGUGUGGCCAAUUAUCAGAGGGAUGGACCAAUGUGUGUGUCUGACAACCAAGGUGGUGCCCCAAACUAUUAUCCAAAUAGUUUUACUGGUCCUGAAGAUCAGCCCAAUGUGAAGGAGAGCCGCAUGUCUGUUUCGAGUGAUGUGCAGCGUUUCAACAGUGCAAAUGAAGAUAAUGUGUCUCAGGUGCGAGUAUUCUAUACCAAAGUACUGAAAGAGGAUGAACGCCAAAGGCUGUGUCAGAAUAUUGCUGAUCAUCUUAAAGAUGCUCAACUUUUCCUUCAGAAGAAAGCUGUGAAAAACUUUAUUGAUGUUCAUCCUGACUAUGGUGCCCGUGUUCAGGCACUACUGGACAAAUACAAUGCUGAAGUUGGGAAAAAGGAUGUAAUUAGGACAUACACACAAUCCACAGCUCGUGUGUCUACCAAAGAAAGAUCCAACUUGUAAACCAUGCUACAGAGAUUUACUCUGUUCUUGAAUUUCGCAUCCACAUAACUGCAGGACAACCUGCUGAAGGCAUGCAUUGAUGAAUGUAGCAGACUUCCGCACAAAUGUACAAGUGCUUUACAAGCUUGAUUGAUUAAGUUUCCAAGUGCCUAUACCCAUACGGGAAAUGGAAAGUAACACAAGCUAACAACCCUAGUGCCUUUCAACACUAGUGCUUUAAUGUUUGUUAACAAUUUAUCUUGUUUUUAAGGAAACUUAAAAGUCAUCUUCAUUUCUAGAAGCAAGCAUAAGUAUAAUCACUGUUUUUUUUUUUAAUUGCAAGACUUUUCUGGUUAAAUUACAGAAUAGAACUUCUAUACUGAUACUGUGAUUAUCAUUAGGGAUCACAUUCAUGUUAAUGAGCAAUAUCAAAUUUAUUAUUUCUAAUAAAAUAGAAUUGACAUUUUGUACUUUUACACAUUACAUCUGGAAGGCAAAAAUGAAAUUCAAAGGAAAGUAAUACAUGUGCAAUAAUUUGUUUCUUAAAAUAUUAUGUGUUUCUAGUUCCCUGUGGUAUAAAUGAAGCUAAUUAAAAGGUUUAAUCUCAAUGUGUGUUUUUAUUCCUAUUCCUAAUACCUGUUUUAGGAUAAUAAAGCUUUGCAUAUUUACUAGUGCUGGGUGGGUAUAACUGAUGUGAGAUAGGAAAGAGUAUUUUCUAACUGCGUACACUUCACAACAAAACUAAUUACAUCUUAAGAGUCCUUAAAAGGGAAAAUUGUCCUUUCUAUCUAGUCUGUAAGAAUUUAAGUGGAAAGUUUUUUUUAAUUUUUCAAGUGUUUGAGGAGUUAACCUCAGCAUAAACAUUUUUAUAUUAGCCAAAUUCAAGCUCGGGCAUCUUUAAAACUGCUCCUUACAGUUUUUGGAAUCAAUUUUUUUUUUUCCUAGCAUAAUCUUACAUUGCCAUUUAUUAUUCAGAUCACAGCUGUUGUCUUCUCAAAAAGUUACACUUUCACUGAAAUGGCAGGUUUACGUGUGUGUAGUUUAUCAGUGCAAAAGGAUAUGGACCCUUUAGUUUGAAAAGUGCUUCCUGUUACUGUUUAGAUCCAAAGGGCUUUCUUUAGUGUAGUAAUAUUAUCUUCAGUCUUUGAGUAUAAUUGCCAAUUAGCUUUUACAAACUGAGACAAAAAGAAAGUGUUUAUAUCUGAGAAUUUAGAGCAAGGAUUGAAUGACCAUUUUGGAAUUUCUGGAGUUAUCUUGAUGGAGUAUGUAUAGCGUUGGACUAAAAGAUAAUCAGCAGCCUCCGAAUACUUUACCAUAAAAGGGUACAACAAAAGCAAGGCUUAAAUUACUGAUUUAUAAAUGCUGAAACCCCACUUUAAUUUUUUUUUCCUCCUUAGGUAGUUAUUUGGGAAGGAUUACUUUUUUUAUGGGGUAGUUAUGUUCAAGCUGAUUGUUUGAGUUUCGGAUGAAAACCUGUCAUACCAAUUGCAUGCUGAAGUUAGUCAUAACAGACAAAAAUGUCUUUAUAGUGCGCUUAGCAGGAUCAGGCAAUCGCCACAUCUCAAAUCCUGGCAAGUUUUAAUGACUGCUUUGUCUGCUAUUUUGUCCUCCUCCCUUGCCAAGGGAAAGAUCACUGUAAAUGUGUAAUUAGUCCAGAUACCAGUUCCAUGGCAUCACCUCUACUCUGAUAUAUUUGCUUUUCUUAUUUGCCUGCUGAUAUUGCCUUAUUAGCAUUUGGAUCGCAACAAGCGUGAAUGAUGAUACAAAGAAUUUCAGAGCUCAGCUACUAGCUCUCAAUUCAAGCAGAUGUUAUACAAAUUUCUCAUAUCAUAACAGCUUACUACUUUUCAAUACUGGGGACGUUUGUGUGUCCUUGAACUGAAUUUUGAAUAGGAAUGCUUCCUGUGGUAUGUCUGUCUUUUUAGUGUGAAUUGGCCUUCUGACAAGUGAUGACAGAUGGAUAAAGAAGAGUUGGUAUUAAGUGUUGUUCUGUUAAGUGGAAGCAUUGUAGAAAGCUACUUCUACUCAAGCUCAUUUAUCUGUUAAUCUGUUGUGAAAAAUUCAUGUGCCAUGUGAUAGAUGCAGUAAAGUAGUAUAAAAUGAUAGUCUGCUUUACUGUGUAAUUUAGUAUUGUUGUACUUCUUAUUUCUGAAAUAAAGAACUGAAUUUAAAACUC